CUCUCGAUCACCAUCAUCACAUCACCAAUGGCUCCGACGAAGGCCGAGAAGAAGCCGGUGGCGGAGAAGUCCCCGGCGGCGGAGAAGAAGCCGAAGGCCGAGAAGAAGAUCCCGAAGGAGGGCGGCGUGGAGGUUAAGAAGAAGAAGAAGGUGAAGAAGAGCGUAGAGACCUACAAGAUCUACAUCUUCAAGGUUUUGAAGCAGGUGCAUCCCGACAUUGGGAUCUCGAGCAAGGCAAUGGGGAUCAUGAACAGUUUUAUCAAUGAUAUAUUUGAGAAGCUGGCGCAGGAGGCGUCGAGGUUGGCUAGGUAUAACAAGAAGCCGACGAUUACGUCGAGGGAGAUCCAGACUGCUGUUAGGUUGGUGCUUCCGGGAGAGCUGGCCAAGCAUGCAGUUUCUGAGGGAACCAAAGCGGUCACCAAGUUUACGAGCUGUUGAUUAUUUCUUUUGUUUUAUUUUUGUUUCGGCGUUUGCGUUUGAUAUUGUAGCAGUGAUGGAGUUUCUGAGUUGUUUGUUUUUCUAGAUUGGGAUUGACGUCUGGAAA